GAGCCAAGCAGAAGUGCCCUACCCCUUCCAUUCAAUAGACCCAGCCUAUUCCCAGCUCCUGAAACAGCAGCAGGUCUUUCUCCAGCUCCAAAUCCUGCAGAACCAGCAGCAGCAGCAGCUCUCUAUCGUAGCCAGCAGCGAUCACAGUGAUCUUGUGAAGUCCUCUGGAGCCAUGCCUCCAAAUCCCCAACCAGCUCCUGCGACAACAAACCACACCCCUGUAGACUCAAAUCUAUCAUCCAAGCCUGAGCUUCUUCCUGCCUAACCUUGUUGAUCUAACAGUGUCUGAGUUGCGACAACAGCUGCGUAAGCGUGGCCUGCCUGUCUCUGGCACCAAGCCUGCCCUGUUGCAGCGCCUCCGCCCUUUCCAACUUCCCCAACCUUCUCUCACCCCUGCUCCUCUCUGCCAGAUGGGAACCAGUAUGGAGUCCCUCUCCACUUGCCUCCCGCGACCCUCCAGUCAGUGUCCCAGCUCAAGCUCCACCUCUGCACUGGAGUCCCCGAACUGCAGCCCGAACCAACAUAUGUAUGUCCAGGACCGGGGAAUUCCUAAUGGGAUUCUCAACGACGUCUCAGUUGGAGUUCCAAAUGGAAUUCUGAAUGCUGUUCCACAUCCUGCUUCCAUCAGUUUGGCAGGUGAACAUUGUGGCCUGACCAAUGCUGUCUUCGUGGCUUCUGGCAGUACUGCAUCAGGAACUCCAAGUCCCAGUCUACCCAUGUCCUCCUCCUCACCUCUGCAAUGUGGGACUUUGUGGAGGACUGAGAAUGAGAAACAGCAGCAGGAGAUAAGUGUAGAGCUGGAGAUGAGGGAAAGGAUCAGGAGCAGGCACAGGAACCGCUCCAGUAGCACCGGCAAUGAGACUUGUGGCUCUUCCCUCCAUCCAUUCCUGCAACAGGAUCCAGGAUGCUCUCGAGGGAAACAAGAAACAGAUGCACCGACGGAAGUGCUGUUUACGGAGGUGUUCAGCUGCCAACCCUGUGAGGUGAUUGGUGAGGAUUUUGAACUGCCAGUGCAGAUUACAGCAAGUCCUAUUCAGAUUGUGCCUGGUGCACGCAGCUUGGAGGAAGAACUACAGGAGGCCAUCCAGAAAGCACAGAUGGACCCUCGCCAGUCCAUCGAUGAUAUUCUGGAUGAGCCGAUUGCUUCUGUUGGAUCUGUCAGUAUUUCUGAUCAUAAAUCCACUACCCAAUUAGCGCCUGCCCCUUCCCCUCCUCUUCCGCCUGCUGAAGAAGAUCAGUCUCAAACCUCUAAGCAGCUCACCAAAGAUGACAGCUUCCUGCCUUCGCCUCUUUGCUCCUCUCUUUUGCUUGAGCUCCCUCCAUCACCUGCUGUAAUAACCCCAAGCCAAGUCGUCCCAGCCCCUCCUCCACCUCGCAUUUGCACUUCCCCUCUGACAUCCACUGGAAAGUCACGGAAGCGGCGAGCUCCUACCCCAUUCGACGCCGCCGACUGGCUUGAGACACUGACAUCUGGCCUUCGCCCAUUGACCCCGCCGACGGCUCCUUUUGUGGAGAUAGACUUCAGUUUGGAUUCUGAUCUCAAUCGAGUGUUGGAUCUGAUGUCGAUCGAGUGUUUGAUCUAAUGACAGGGCAGUGGUGAGGCUUGUAUGUGCAGUAGGUGAGUGUGAGCGCUGUACUUUUUGAUGGUCAUGAACAGUACUGUAUGUGCGUCCCACAGAGGGAACAAGAAGGUGCACAGUGGCUCGUCACACUCAUCAUGCCACAGUCGCUGCAGAUACGGCUCCACGCAAUGUUGAGAGGUAGAUUCGUCACAGCGGUCCAAUCAAUCACCGCUCUGAUCGGGCAGCUGGAGCAAAAAAAUGUGCACACUCAACCAUAUAACAGACAUGACUGAGCUCUGUUUACCAAAACAUGGGCUCCGCCGCAAAUGGAAAACAAGCAACACAUCUGUGGAUUGACACACUCUGCAGCACAUUGUUUGCAGUGCAAAACAAAAGGAAACCUGGCGGCCUAUUAACUUUCAAACAUGCUUCCUGGCUUGCGUUGGGAGAAUGUUUGACUUAUCUCCAAAACCUGCUGUUGGUUUUGGUCGAGUGUGGCCCCCCCGUGCUGACUCAUAAA